GUGCUCUGACGACGGCGGCGCGCGGGCGGCGACAGGCGACCGACUCUGCGCGCAUGCGAGACGAUGCAGUGACACGACGCAGUGCCGAGACGCUCCCCUCCGCUGCCUGACGCGACGAUGCGCUGCCGCUCCAGUCGGGCCCUUGCGAGUGCGGCGCCGCGACCGCGAGCCGGCAGAACAGAGACGGACGCGGCCUACCAGCGAGCACCGCGACGGUGCGCGGCCACGGCCGACGCGCCCAAAGACGGCGCAGCGGGCAGCAAGCGCAGGCCGAACAGCCUGAACAUCCCCUCGGCGGCGCGCUUCAGCGAGAUAGGCGUGCAGCACCUCUCCAGCCAUGUGCACGCGCAAAUCUUCCGCAGCGCGGCCAGCCGCCCGCCGGCGGAGCUCGUCGCCCUCUCGCGCGACCACCUCGCGCGCCACGAGCUGCUCGGCAAGAACACCGACUCGACCCCGCCCGUCGCCUUCGACCUGCCCGAGCUGCAGGGGGCCACGCUGGACGAGCACUUCCACAAGCUGGGCAUGGACGCGGCCGAGCCGUACCUGGGCAUGUGCAAGAAGCUGGCGUGGGCGAACCCGCCGCCGAAGCCGCGCAAGUGGGUGCGGCAGAGCGGGUGGACCAGGUACAGCAGCGACGGCACCGCCGAGCGCGUGGAGGCGCCCGACGAGAGCAUGCUGACGUUGGACACCGAGGUGCUGUACAAGGAGACGUCGUUUGCCUGCAUGGCGUGCGCGGUCAGCGGCACGGCCUGGUACGCCUGGAUCUCGCCCUGGCUGCUGGGCGAGUCCAGGUCGGACCGUCACCUGAUCCCGCUCGGCGACCGUACGGUGCCGCGCAUCGUCGUCGGCCACAACAUCGGCUACGACCGCGCACGCGUGGCCGAGGAGUACGACGUGCGGCAGUCGAAGAACUGCUUCGUCGACACCAUGUCGCUGCACGUUGCCUCCAACGGCAUGUGCUCGCGCCAGCGACCGUCGUGGAUGAAGCACAAGAAGAGUCGCGACCUUCGCGACAAGAUUGCGACGUCGGAAGAGAACGCAGACCUGUCCGCCCUGCUCGACUCGGGCGGCGGCGCCGCGGGCGAGGAGGACGAGGAGCUGUGGAUCGGCCGGAGUGCCGUCAACUCGCUGCGCGACGUGGCCAAGUUCCACUGCAACAUCGCCAUGGACAAGGCGCAGCGCAAGUCGUUUGGCGAGCUCGACCGGGCAGGCGUCGGCGAGAAGCUGGACGAGCUGCUCGACUACUGCGCCGCAGACGUGGCCGUGACGCACCGAGUGUACCAAAAGGUCUUGCCGCUGUUCAUCGAGGCGUGUCCGCACCCGGUCAGCUUCGCUGCGCUCCGCUUCAUGGCAGCCGAGAUCCUGCCCGUCAACGAGAGCUGGGAUGUCUACAUCAACAACGCCGAGGCCACGUAUCAGAGGCUCAGCACCGCAGUCAGAGAGCGGCUGGUUGCGCUUGCAGACAGGGCCCUCGAGGUCAAGGACCAGCCCGAGGUGUACGGCAACGACCCGUGGCUCAGCCAGCUGGACUGGUCGGGCCAGGACGUGAAGAUGGUCAAGGGCAGGAACAAGGGCGAUCCGCCGCGACGCGCUGCGCGACAGAAGAUGCCGGGCAUGCCGCAGUGGUACAAGGACAUGUUUCCGAAAAAGGACGGGCCCAUGAACCUCACCAUCAGGACACGGGUCGCUCCGAUCCUGCUGCGGCUGGCCUGGGACGGAAACCCGCUCGUCUGGUCAGACGUGUACGGCUGGACGUAUCAGGUGCCCGUGGACGGCGUGCUUGCGCACCCCGACACGGGCGCGAGAGAGCUGGACAUGACGGCGGAGCAGAAUCCAAAGCUGCGCGACGACCGUCGGCACGUGUACUACAAGAUUCCGCACAAGGACGGGCCGCAAGCCCGUUGCACGAACCCGCUCGCAAAGGGCUACCUGCAGUACUUUGAAAAGGGGAAGCUGACGUCCGAGUACAGCUAUGCCAAGGAAGCACUGGAGAUGAACGCCUCCUGCUCGUACUGGAUCAGCGCAAGAGACAGGAUCAUGUCGCAGAUGGCCGUGUACAGCAGCGAGGUGCCCAACACACCCAAGCUGACCUCGUCGUCCGGCAGGGGCCGAGGGACCAGGGUCGGCUUCAUUCUGCCCCAGCUCAUACCCAUGGGCACCGUCACGCGCAGGGCAGUGGAGAACACGUGGCUCACGGCCAGCAACGCCAAGAAGAACCGUGUGGGAUCGGAGCUCAAGUCCAUGGUCAGAGCGCCGCAAGGCUACUGCUUCGUGGGCGCCGACGUCGACUCGGAGGAGCUGUGGAUCGCCAGUCUGGUCGGCGACGCCACCUUCCAGCUCCAUGGCGGCAACGCGGUGGGCUUCAUGACGCUCGAAGGCACCAAAGCAGCCGGCACCGAUCUGCACUCGCGCACCGCCGGCAUCCUGGGCAUUUCGCGCAACGACGCCAAGGUCUUCAACUACGGGCGCAUCUACGGUGCCGGCCUCAAGUUCGCCGCGACCCUGCUCCGCCAAUUCAACCCCGCGCUUACCGACGACCAAACCACCGCCACCGCCACCGCCCUCUACCAAAACACCAAAGGCAGGAAGACGACAAGGAAGCAGCUGCACGAGAGGCCCUUUUGGCGCGGCGGCACCGAGUCUCUGGUGUUCAACAAGCUCGAGGACUUUGCCGAGCAGGAGCGCCCCCGCACCCCCGUGCUCGGCGCCGCCAUCACGGAAGCCUUGCAGCGCCGGUACCUGACAAAAGGCGGCUUCAUGACGAGCCGCAUCAACUGGGCCAUUCAGUCGAGCGGCGUCGACUACCUGCACCUGCUGAUUGUCGGCAUGGACUACCUCGCCCGGCGGUACAACAUCGACGCCCGCCUCGCCAUCACCGUGCACGACGAGAUCCGCUACCUGGCCAAGGAGACGGACAAGUACCGCGCCGCAAUGGCGAUGCAGGUCGCCAAUCUCUGGACGCGCGCCAUGUUCGCGCAGCAAAUGGGCAUCAACGAGCUGCCGCAGUCGUGCGCGUACUUCUCCGCCGUCGACAUCGACCACGUCCUGCGCAAGGAAGUCGACAUGGACUGCCUCACCCCGUCGCACGCCACCCCGAUUCCGCACGGCGAGAGCCUCGACAUUCUCGCGCUCCUCGACAAGGGCCCCGCCGCCAGACUCGAUCCGAGCAUCGUCCCCACCGACCCCCCGGCGCCGCACCUGUACGCCUACACCCCCCGCGUCCCCGUCAUGGCCUCGCUCGCCGGCGCCCACCCCACCAGCGCCGAGAACCUGGCCUAUCUGCAGGCGCAGAUCUCCUCCUCGGACAAGGAGCUCCGCGACGCGCUGAAACUGCUCCGCGCGUCCGCCCCCGCCGCGAAAACGCCAAAGUCCCGCUCCAGCGCCGACCUCGUCGAUGCCGCCGACCUCGUCGAUGCCGCCGACUACGGCGAGAACGAGAUUAGCCAGAGCGUCCAGCACUACCAGCACAUGGCCCGGCUCUUGCCCGUCGACGAGCUGUGGCGCGAAGUGUACAAGAAGGCUGCCAAGGCCGGGCCCGGCAGGGCGAGGCCGAGGCCGGGCCCGGGGCUGUACGGGCAGUGGAACACGCAUCCCAGGAGCACGGGGCCGAGGGUUAGGGAUGCGGGGUGAGCGUGCAAAGCCAUGCGAAGCCAUGCGAAGCCAUGCGAAGCCAUGCGAAGCCAUGCAAAGCCAUGCGAAUCCAUGCAAAGUCAUGCGAAUCCAUGCGAAGCCAUGCAAAGUCAUGCGAAGCCAUGAGAAUCCGUGCGAAUCCAUGCGGGGUGAGGAAAAGAUGGUGUAUUAUAUGGUAAGCUUUUCUGUCUUCUCUUGGCGUGUUGCGAGGCUGGCAACGCGUGUGCGGUGUUUGCUGUAUCUAUCUAGUCGUCUCACGGCGCGCUCUGUACCUACGAUAUUGUGUAAUCGAGUAUUUGUGUAGACUGCGGCCGUCCGCACCGCUCCAUCACGUCCCGCGUCUCGUCCCUCUCCGUCUCUACGUUCGAUGACAGCUACAGCGCCUUGAACCCGCCCAUGGCGAUUCUGGGUGGUUCAUGCUGAUCCACAUGACGGGCUCGUGAACACCUCGGCGGAGCAUGUCUGGUGGGAUUGUUGUCAAGCUG